GAGCAUGUCUUUCGCCUUCCCUAAGUACUGGACAGCGAAACUUCCUCGCUCUCCGUUAUCUGGUGCUCAUCUUGAGGUUCGCCUUCGCCUUCUCUGAAAACAGAAUCCAAAGCGUCCAACAGGCAUCUCCGCUUCUGCGCCUCUCAGUGUGUGUUCCUGGGGUGUAUGUACACCCGACCUGUCUGGAGGCGCACACCCCGUACUCGAUCUGAGAUGUACGUACACCCGAGUGUGUCCCUGCGCAUGCAACAUGUAGCAGUGGCACCCCCGAAAACGCAGCUUCCCGGUUUGCAAGGUUCUCUCCUUUUUUCGGUUCGUCUCUUUCCUGCCGUCCCCCUUUCUCUCAGUUUCGCCUCGUUUCCGUUUCCUCUUGUCUUUCUCGCUGCAUCCUUCGCCUGAGACCGCCUCACGCUCCUCGUCUGUGUGCGUCCGUCGCGACUGUCUCUGCUUGUUUGGGUCCGCAUCAGGCGAGGACUGAAGAGAAAACAUGACAAACGCGUACUUCUCGAGGGGCGGCGAGGAACGCCGACAGAGGAGUGGAGAGAGAGACAGAAAAGAAGGGAGUGCAAGCAGGCUAGGGGACUCUGAACAAGGCGAAUGCUAUCUCGACAGUGUCUCCCUCCAAGCCGCUUUCCGAGACUUCCAGAGCCGUGUCCCUCUCAAGAAACUCGUCAGCACGCAAAACGCACAUCACAUCUGGCAGUGGUAUGAGCUGUGCGGAACGGAUCUUGACUGUGAGGCCUCGCCGUUGAUUUCUUCUUCUCCCAUCAUUUUCCUCCAUGGCGUGAACGGGACUGCCGCGAUUUACUUUCAGCAGCUGGAGGCACUGGCAGAGAAGGGGUACAGAGUCUUGUCGGUGCAGUGGCCCGCACUGUCUUCUCUCGCAUCUUUCCUGUCUUCCUUCGACGAAUUUCUGACUCACGUCCUGGCGACUCCGGCUGCCUCGCGGGUGCCGCGCUCUCGCCGCCGGCUUGUCUCCUCAGCCGCGGCGCGCGGAGACGGCGACGCAGGCGAGGGGCGCGUACGCCGCGGCGCGCACUUGUUCGGCGCAGGCCUCGGCGGCGUUCUGUGUCUGUACUUUGCUCAGAGGCGUCCAGAAGCCGUCGCAAGCGUCGUGCUCUGCAACGCCUUCCUGAAUUCUGCGUUCCUCCUGGGGGCGCUCGCGCCUCUCCAAGGCGUCCUAGCUCCCAUGUACCACCUGCUGCCGCAUGCAGCGCUCAGAAAAAUCAUCAUCGACACCUACCUCACCCCCAAGGCUGCCGCCGAGGCCGUCUUCGUCCCGCCGUCGGGUGUCUGUACAGGCGCACGCGGCAGGCGCGACGAGUCCCCAGAGAACGUCUGGGCGCCGUCGCAGGGAGAGGCAGACAGCCACUCACAGGGCGUUUGGGUCGUUCCGCAAGAAGAUCUGCAAAUUCGAAACAGCAAAGAGUUCCUCGUUUCUCACCUCGACGAACUCAGCGCGAAGGAGCUCGCGGCGAGGCUCGCCUUGCAAGUGGCGAUAAGCGCCGCGACACCGUUGCAGAAAACGCCCGAAAGAGUCCUCAUUCUGCAAUCCCUCGACGCCGACGUUCCUCCCGAUGUCGCCGAGGAUCUGCGGAACUUCUUCCCGCGCGCGAAAGUCGCGGAGCUGCGCGACGGCGGUCAAUUCCCCUUUCUGUCGCGCCCCGAAGAAGUGACUCUGCACAUGCAAGUUCACUUGCGGAACUGCGGUCUCUUUCCAGAUUUGCAUUUGAUAGAGAGACAAGUUUCAGGUGAAGAAACCUCAUGUUCACUCGCGAACACCUUCGCAGCUUCUGGCCGAAGCUCUUUUUCUCUCUCUGAAAGCCACACGGACCAUCCUGUCUCGUUCCCGAGCUACCCCCACAGUUGCUCGCGCUCUCCCGGCUCUCCCGCCUCUCGCUCUCACUCUUCUGCGCACGGUCACUCUUCUUUUUCCUCAGACAGCAGCUGCUUCUCCAGCGAAAGAGCCUUGUCUUCCUCGUAUAGCAGAUCUGCUUCCUCAUGUUACAACUCGGCCCGCAACCACUCUUCGUUGGCUGGCGGCUCUUCUGCAGACAACGCUUUCUACAACUCUUCGUCUUUCGACCGCGGGAGUCACCGAGGCGCUGCAGGCUGUUUCGUGCCUGCGUCUUCGCCCGCGACUUCGCAGGCAACCGCGAGCGACGGAGCUGCAUCCAGUCGAGGGAUCUCGACGAACAGCGGCGAACGGUGGGAGGAGCGCGAGAGAGAAAAAACAAGCAAAUUUGCUGAUGCAGACCUCGCAGCGCAGGAAAGGUGGAAUCGCAAACACUGGAAAAAUCCAUUCAAAGAAGCCGACUAGAGACCAGGUGCAACCAGACACAAAUGCGGCUUGAACGACACGGAGGUCCACAUCUCAGCCAUACAAAGAUAUAUAUAUAUAUAUACAUACAGAAUGUGUAUAUAUGUGUAUCUGUGGAGGCGGAUGCGAACAAGUUUCUUUCCGAUGAGGAUUGUUGUCUUGAAGGCUUGUCGUCUGUCAAUGAAAGGGGGAACGGGAGCGAGGUGGAUUGCAUGUGGAGGCAGUGGGGCGUGGAAACCACACGCUCAUCGGGGAACAGCGAACAGUCGAGAACUGACACGCAGGAAGAAAGAUUUUCGGAGAUGCGCAAAGAUAGGCUAUUCUCAGUUCGUUUCCGUGCUCGAGAACGCGUGGUGUCUUUGCGUCCCCGCGCUCGCGGCGCGACCAUAUCCAAUUUAGGGUGUACGCACACACCGGAGACUGGAAGCCGGACGCUUUGUCGCCUCCGACUUUCGCGUUUCGUUCCUCUCUAACUCGCGCGCCGCCUUCAGCGAGGCGGCGGGUGCAUCUUGGAAAUAUCUGUUUUUCUUG